AGUGUCCUUGAGCAUGACUGACCUGCAUUAUGAUGUAUGUGAAGGGAUCGGGCAAGUCGAGCAAUACCUCGCCCGACAUGCCCAACAAGAAGAGACGCAGAUCGGAGACGACACAAGAUGGCGAGAAUGGUAUUCCAGGCUUGUCAUUCUCAAGUACGACGUUACAUGGCGAAACCAAUGGCCUAUAUGCUCCUAUCAACAGGGCUGUCAGCGAAAUCAAGACACCUCAGCUUCCCCUUGGUGAAAACGCUGCCGUCGCCACGGGAGCACAAUAGAUAAAAGGUCUCCUCACAGCGGUGCUGGUCCCUUGAACAAUUUCUCCAAGCUCUAGCUCUGCUCCAGCUUGUUCGUUGUGGGGGCCACAGACCAGCUGUCAUGACACAACAGCCCAGUUUUCAUUGGCAUGGCCAUCCUGCAGGUGUUUGGUUUAUUUAUCCAUUUUUCCACAGGGACCGAAGCACAUGACGAGAUACAUUGGGCAAACGUUCAGACCUCAACAGCGCAGUACAGUGGGAUGAGUGCUACACCUAUGUCCGUUGGCUUUUAUUGUCGCAUCUCCACCCCUAGCGUCCGCGCUAUUUUUCACUUUAAUCACUCUUCGUCUUGGCACUCAAAUUUGGCAGCGUCGAUAUUUUUCCUUCGUAUUUCGGCAUUUUAAAAUCCACAGACACAAUUUUGUAUCGUAGUUUACGUAUGAACUAUAAAUUUUCUUCGAUGUUACA